CACCAGCGCCGCGCAUUUCCCAUAUCAGACUGUGCGCGUUGUUAUGGGCGUCUGUGCGCGGCAUUUCUCCGUCAGACUAAACUGACCAACAUACCGUCCGUCCGUCCGUCCACACCCCUCACCCUGCUGACCACAGCCAAAUCCUCUAUAUGGAAAAAUGGCCGACGUCCCUCAGCUCAUCAAAAUUGGGAUUUCUCUGAAGAUGCUUCCCAACAACACCGCCGUUUACUUUAAGUCUGAUGGCGCCCGGUUCGGACAGACGCGGACCAUUAAGCUCCUGACCGGAUCCAAGUACAAGAUCGAGGUGGUCGUUAAACCUGGAGCGGCCGAGGCCACGUCCAUGAGUGUUGGUGGGGUGAUCUUCCCCCUGGAGCAGCAGUCUAAAGACCCUCAGAUGGCGCUCUACACUGGCCAAUAUGACACAGAUGGGGUAACACACACCAAGAGUGGGGAAAGGCAACCAGUUCAGAUCAGCAUACAGUUCACAGAGGCUGGACACUUUGAAACCGUGUGGCAGGUGAAGUACUACAACUACAACAAGAGGGACCACUGCCAGUGGGGAAACAGUUUCAACAGCAUAGAAUAUGAGUGUAAACCCAACGAUACACGCACAAUCAUGUGGAUCAACAAGGAGAUGUUUGUCUAAAGGAGAUUCAGUGUGAGCUCUCAGAAAGUCAUGUAUUCUAUGGUGUGGUGAACUUCAAACAAUGUCUCCCAUGUUAGAUUUGUAUUUGAUCCCCUCAGAUUCACAUAAACAGCUUUUUAUUUUGCCAUUUGCUAA